UUUUCUUGGGACCUCUAGCAACACGCAAAGCCCAGUAGCCCGGCGAGGGGGGGUCGAUUACAUGCAGUCGACACUGAAAUGAGCCGAGGCGCUCAGGUCCGCGAAUAUGAAUCGAGGUGCGUUGACAGUGGGCGUCGGUGGUCUGGUUGAAAGGUUUGCAAGGAAUUGAUGACACCAGGAAAACUAUUCCCCAAUCUCAGUCAAAAUCUCAGUGAGGCCGGCGGCUAAUAGGAACCUCACACAAACCCUGAAAAGCGACCCGGAGGCGCCCUUCUUGGACUUGUCGGGGGUGCUGUCGGCGCAGCAGUCGUGUGGUGGCAGUGUUACCCUCUUUUAGCGAAGCGCCUGUCUGACAGCGAGGCACUCCGUGUCUUUCCGAUACCAAUCUUCCUGCUCUGAUCUCUUGGCCGUCUCCAGCAUUCUUAUAAGAUGUGAAAAGAGCCGAAAACAUUAAAAACAGGCCUCCUCCGGACGAGCUUUCUUCUUGCACGCUCAAUUGAAUGAAACGCAAACAACAGCACGCGAAAUCACGUGUAGAACAUUUUUAGGCGCACCGGGUUAUGUGCGUCUCUAAAAAAAUAUAGAUUUUAAUUCGGCCAUACAACUGACAGUAACAAUGGAGCAAGACCAUUCCACGUGUUUUGUGGAUAUUCCACGAUCAACGGGAAACACUGAAACGAGUGAGCGUCGCGGAUAGUACCCCAUGGGAUGCUUUCUUGUGAAACGUAGCCCCGCAGAAGACCUGUAAAGACGUGUGAGGCUGGCAGACUCCGCGCUCUGCCCGCCUGACGCACACGAGUGGAACAAAAGCUCCGACGCGUGGCCUUCCGGUAGGCUCCACGCCGGGGUUUUCCACUCGCUCACCUUGCGAGUCCGCGAUCCCGAGUGUCCCGGCGCUCCGGCCCCUGUUUUCCGGCGAGCCCACACCCAGCUCCAGCCCUCCACGCCGCCGCUGUCUCUCAGUCGUGGAAGCAGUAGAGGCGGCUGCGCUCUCCGCGGCGGAUCGGAUUUGGUCAAGUGGUUGUUUUUUUUCCCCCUCCUGUGCUUGUGCCCCGGAUUCCCUCUUCACUCCCCCCUUUUUUUUUCGGGUUUCUUUUUUUUCCGCCCUUUUUCUUCUAUCAUCGAUGCAAUUCUUCACGAGUGCGGCUUCCCCGCGGCUAUGGAUUGAGUGCAGGCUUCGUUCUCGCCCCUCUAAGUUCAAGAAAACAACCCGACUCCCAGUCGCUGCCGUUCCAUCUCUCCCCACUUCUGCCACUACAUGUUCCUGCCGGACAGUUUCCAGCCGAGCUGAUCCCGAAUGGUUUUCUUCACACCAGUAGCGUGAAACCGCCGGGAAUCCCUUCGCUUGCUCCGGAGCUGGAGAGAGGGGAGGAGGAGGAGAGGGGGGUAGGCUGAAGAAGAGGAUUAAAACGCGGAUUUGCCCCCGUGGUGUUCGCUAUCAUAAACAUUUUCGGAAAAGUGAUGGCGGAGUGGGGAGCCCGGUUGCUCCUCUCUCUCUCCUGUCUCACCUUCCUGCGCUCGGCCGCCGUGGCGAGGCACGCCGAGAAAGACUCCGGCGCGAGGCACUUCACCCCCUUCUGGUUCUCCGAGGAGCCCUCGGACACGCUGGCGGUGCGCGGCUCCCCGGCCCUGCUCAACUGCUCGGCCCAGAGCGACGGCCCGGUGCGGCUGGAGUGGAAGAAGGACGGGACGUUCCUCAACCUGGCCUCCGACGACCGGCGCCAGCUGCUGCCCGACGGCUCCCUGCUGGUCGGCAGCGUCGUGCACUCGAAGCACAACAAGCCGGACGAGGGCGUGUACCAGUGCGUGGCCUCCGUGGACAGCCUGGGCACCAUCAGCAGCCGGACGGCGCGCCUCGCUGUCGCAGGUCAGCCUCGGUUCACCAGCCAACCAGAAGCUGCCUCUGUCCACCAGGGGGAUAGUGAGGUCAUGAGCUGCGAGGUGAAUUCGGACCUGGUGCCCUUCACUCGCUGGGAGUUGAACAGGGAGCCUGUGGAACUGAACAAGAGGGUCAUUCAGCUGCCCAGCGGAGCCCUGGUCAUCAGCAAUGCAUCUGAGAGCGACACUGGGCUCUACCGCUGUGUGGUGGAGAACGUGGGGCCAGUGAAGACCAGUGAGGAGGCAGAGCUACAAGUCCUGCUAGAACCGGAGGCAGACAGGAGACUAGAAUUUCUGCGGCAACCAGUUCCUGUGACAAAGGUCAUAGGGCAGAGUGUGCUACUGCCCUGUGUGGUGACAGGAUACCCCUUGCCCACAGUGAGGUGGAUGGUGGGGGAUAAACUGAUUGAAGAAAGGGAAGGGAAGUUCGAGACUGUCGGUGGGGGCAGCCUGCAGAUUGUGAACCUUACAGAGGAGGAUGCUGGGAUAUACAGCUGCUUGGCAGACAACGGGAAUGAAACCAUUGAGGCCCAGGCUGAGUUGACAAUGCAAGCUCCCCCACAGUUCCUGAAGAAGCCAGCGAACAUCUAUGCAUACGAGUCCAUGGACAUAGUCUUCGAGUGUGAGGUGAUGGGCACACCCCCCCCGACAGUCAAGUGGGUCAAAAAUGGAGACGCCGUCAUUCCCAGCGACUAUUUCAAAAUCAUCAAGGAGCACAACCUGCAGGUUCUGGGGCUGGUGAAGUCUGAUGAAGGGUUUUACCAGUGCUUAGCUGAAAACGACGCAGGAAAUGUGCAAGCCAGCGCCCAGCUCAUCAUCCUGGAACGUGAUGUUGCCAUCCCAACACCCCCUCCCACCUCACUGACCAGUGCCACUACUGACCAUGUAGCGCCAGGCUCCGGCGGCGGCCCCACUCCCUCCGCGCCCCGUGACGUCGUGGCCUCGCUGGUCUCUACGCGCUUCAUCAAGCUGACCUGGCGCCCUCCCGCUGAGCCCCACGGAGAUGACAUCACCUAUUCUGUCUUCUACAGCCUGGAGGGCACCAGCAGGGAGCGGAUCGAGAACACCACCCGGCCCGGGGAGCUGCAGGUCACCAUCCAGAGCCUCAUGCCGGACACGAAGUACUCCUUCCGCGUGGCAGCGCACAACCGGAAUGGGCUGGGGGAGAGCUCCACGCCGCUGAGGGUGGCAACGCAGCCUGAAGUGCAAGUGCCCGGCCCGGCCCCUAACCUCCAGGCCAUCGCCACCUCGCCCACGUCCAUCGCCGUCAGCUGGGAGGUGCCUCUCACGGGCAACGGCGAGAUCCAGGCCUACAAGCUCUACUACAUGGAGAAGGGCACCGACAGCGAGCAGGACAUAGACGUCGGGGGUCUCUCCUACACCAUGAAUGGCCUGAAGAAGUACACCAAGUACAACUUUCGGGUGGUGGCCUAUAACAAGCAUGGCCCAGGAGUGUCCACUGCAGAUGUCGAGGCCCAGACCUUAUCUGAUGUCCCAAGUGCUCCUCCACAGAACUUUUCACUGGAAGUGCGCAACUCCAAGGGCAUUAUGGUCCAGUGGCAGCCCCCACCCCCUGGCACCCACAACGGGGAGAUCAUUGGGUAUAAGAUCCGGUACCGGAAAGGCGCCCGAAAGAGUGAGAUUUCCGAAACGACAGUUGGCGUGCUGCUCUCACAACUUAUAGAAGGCCUGGAGCGAGGAACGGAGUACACGUUCCGUGUGGCAGCCAUGACGGGGAACGGCACCGGCCCCCCCACUGAGUGGGCCACGGCGGAGACCUUUGAGAGCGAUCUGGAUGAGACCCGCGUCCCUGACAUCCCCAGCUCUCUGCACGUCCGCCCACUGGUCACCAGUAUAGUGGUGAGCUGGACGCCCCCAGAGAACCAGGACAUUGUGGUAAGGGGCUAUACCAUCGGCUAUGGAAUUGGCAGCCCCCAUGCACAGACCAUCAAAGUGGACUACAAACAGCGCUACUACACCAUCGAGAACCUGGACCCCAGUUCCCACUAUGUGAUCACACUGAAGGCGUUCAACAAUAUAGGGGAAGGAAUUCCUGUGUAUGAGAGUGCAGCCACCAGACCUCUCUCAGACCCCAUAGACCCCGAUGUUGAUUUGUACGACCUUUUCAAUGCUCCAUACACUCCAGUACCAGAUCCUUCCCCUAUGAUGCCGCCUGUCGGAGUGCAGGCCUCCGUUCUGAGCCACGACACCAUCAAGGUUACCUGGGCCGACAGCUCGCUGCCCAAGAACCAGAAGAUCACCGAUGCUCGCUAUUACAGCGUGCGCUGGAAGACCAACAUACCGGCCAACACCAAAUUCAAGACUGCAAACACCACCAACCUCAGCUAUAUGGUCACAGGCCUGAAGCCCAACACGCUUUAUGAGUUUUCAGUAAAAGUCACGAAAGGCAGGAGAACAAGCACAUGGAGUAUGACUGCUCAUGGAACCACCUUUGAGACUAUUCCCAGCUCUCCCCCCAAAGAUGUGACUGUGGUCAGCAAGGAAGGCAGGCCAAGGACUAUCAUUGUCAACUGGCAGCCUCCUUCUGAAGCCAAUGGAAAAAUCACAGGCUACAUCAUUUAUUACAGCACGGAGGUGAACGCUGAGGUGCACGACUGGGUGAUUGAGCCUGUGGUGGGGAACAGGCUGACGCACCAGAUCCAGGAUUUAACCCUCGACACGCCGUACUACUUCAAAAUCCAGGCCCGCAAUUCCAAGGGAAUGGGGCCCAUGUCUGAGGCCGUACAGUUCAGGACUCCCAAAGCUGAAUCUUCUGACAAAAUGGCUAAUGACCAAGCCAGUUCCCCAGUAAAGCCAGGUGGGCGACCCACUUCUCCAGACCAUGGUGUGGGCUCCCCACACGGAAAGACGGGUUUCUCCGGGAGCCCGACGUCCUCCCUGGACAGCAGCAUCCUGCUGAUCAUCAUCAUCUCUGUGGGAGCUUUCACCAUCAUCAUUGUGGUUGUGGUGGCCGUCAUCUGCACCCGCCGCACCACUUCCCAGCAAAAGAAGAAGCGGGCGGCCUGCAAGUCGGCCAAUGGCUCCCACAAGUACAAGGGCAAUUCCAAGGACCUGAAGCCCCCGGACCUGUGGAUCCACCACGAGCGGCUGGAGCUGAAGCCCAUCGACAAGUCGCCCGAGCCCAACCCGGUCAUGACCGACACGCCCAUCCCCCGCACCUCUCAGGACAUCACCCCCGUCGACAGCGCCGCGGACAACACCAUCCACCAGCGCCGCAGCUCCUGCCGCGGGCACGAGUCAGAAGACAGCAUGUCAACACUGGCAGGGAGACGGGGGAUGAGACCCAAAAUGAUGAUGCCCUUUGACGCCCAGCCUCCACAGCCUGUGAUUAGUGCUCACCCCAUCCAUUCCCUCGAUAACCAUCACCAUCAUUAUCACUCCGGCAGCCUGGCCUCCCCGACUCGCAGCCAUCUUCACCAUCAGAUCAACCCGCGGCCUCUCGCCACUCCCAUCUCCCACGUAGACAGGGCCCACUCCGCAGAAUCGGUGAGGAACACGCCCAGCGCUGACCCCUUGCCCGUCCCAGUGCAGCCGGCUUGCGCCGUGGACCACCCCGAGCCGGACAGCGGCGCCAGCUUCCUGAGCUCCGCCCCCGAGGAGGAGAGCUACAACCCGCCCACCGCGCACGUGCGGCCCACCCACCCCCUGAAGAGCUUCGCCGUGCCCGCUGUGCCCACCCCGGGCACCUCCUUCGAGUCCCCCGCCCUACCCAGCACCCCACUGCUCACCCAGACAGGGCCAGCUUCCCAGGUGCACUCAGUGAAGACAGCCUCCAUUGGCACACUGGGCAGGACGCGCUCACCAAUGCCUGUCAUAGUGCCCAGUGCCCCUGACGUGCCAGAGACCAGCAAAAUGCUGGAGGAUGUUGAGAGCUCCCAUUGACCAACUCCACCCCCAUCCCCGGCAGUAACCCUGUUCCUUUCCUUUAGAACUACGAGGCGGAUGAACUGUCCGAGGAAAUGGCCCACCUAGAGGGUUUGAUGAAGGACCUCAAUGCCAUCACCACAGCCUGAGCGAAAUGGAAUGUCUCAAUAUUCCCUGAAUGGAGCAGAAAAAAAGGAUUUGCAAAACUUCAAAAAAUAAAAAAAACUGAAACUCUUGGCUCACCUCACUUACUCUCAGGAAGGAGAUGGCCGUUUUAAAAGAGACAGCUCACGUUUUUAAGAAGAACAAAGAUUUUCAGUACAAACAGCAAUUAGCUGAUGGAAGUUUCAUUUUUAUCAGCGGAAACGGGCUUUUUUUUUCCUUCGGUUACCAUGGAGACCGUUAUUCGGACAGGCACCAUUUUGUAACUCUAAGAAAAAGGAAAAAAUAAAGAAGUAUGCCGGUUUUUGUCUUGGUGCUCUUGGGCACAGGUCUACAGUGUUUGGACAUUGCGUUAGUGUGUCAUUGUGCGUUUUCAUGAAUCACCCUUUUCAUAUGAGGUGGACACGGGACAUCCCUCGCUCUUUAUUUCCAUUUUGUAUCCAGCGUUCAGAGCGAAUGAUGUGCCCGUUUCCCUGUUCUGUGUUAUAUAUUGUGCCACAUUACUAUUAUUUUCUAUUAUUGUUUCUUUUUAUUUUUUAUAUAUAUAUAGUUUAUAUAUAUAAACUGCCUCAUUCUCUCUCCAUCGUUGACGUGUUCCUGGAUGUGAGCGUGAAACACUAAGAUAUCUCAUAGCUCAUGAAGCUUCUGUCCAGUGGGGGAAUGUUGUGUAUUUUUAAUUUUAUUCUAUUUUAUUUGCAUUGUUAUGUCAAGAAACUAUUUCCCUCCCCCCAUUGUAAAUUAGAUCUGUUUUGUAUGGGAGUCCCCAUUCAAAGACUUAUCUCCAUGGUCCUGACUUGUCAUUCUUAUUAUUUCAUGAAGAGCAACAGCCUUCAGUAGCUUUGUACAGUAAUUUCAAGAACUGCGAUUCCAUUUAAUUCAUUUCUAAAGCUAACUUUUGUUCUGAAGGUGAAAUUGAUCAUUUCAGUUAAUUAUGGAUGCUGUUAUACCCUAGGGCAGUAUUAGCCUCUAGUUUUGCCUGGGGUCUCCCUCUUCUUUUGUUCAUAUCAACCUUUCCUCAUUUUAAAAAAAAAAAGCACUGGUCCCUAAAAUCUAUGGGUGGGGUACCCCAAUUUCAAGGCAUCCUGGGUCAGCAGAUCUUCCAAAGGGUCAGCAAGUGCUCAUAAGGGCCAGACUGCUUACUGGAGGAGAGUGUUGACUGACAUUCGAAUGCUUCUAAUUUGGGAAGAGGAAGAUUUGUGGAACUGGUCUGGAGAAGAGCUGUGUAAUGUAGAUGACAGUAGGUGUUGAUUGUGAGGCCAAGGAGAGAAUUGACUUGAAAAAUCACAGACCCGGAGAGUCAGCUUUCCUUCAGGAGGAACAAAGCGUGUGUUCCACUAAAGCAGGAGAGAUCUUUCCUGAGUCAGCACUAGCUGGAAAGUGUCCUAGAUAACAUCAGUUAUAGAACACACUUUCUUUUGUUUUCAGAUACCUGUGACCCAUUCCAAAACUGGAAGAACUCAGGACACAAACCUUUUCAAUAAUUUCUAACAUUUAUGGGGAAGGCAGUAAUUUACAAAUUUGGAACUGCUAUUUUUUAAUAAAAAAAUGCAAAGGGUGUUGCCUUUUGAAUGGGACUUCCAGACAAUGGUUUUUCGGCUUCAUUUGCUUUUUAUAUGAAGAAACACAAUUAGUUCUGUAAACAACUGAAAUGUAAAAUAAUUCGUGUUCAUGUUUUAAACUUGUUUUCCUCCACCCUUCUACCCAAAGAAUGUCAUUGAAAUCAUAAUACUAGUCUACUUUUGUGAAUAUCAUGUUUCUCAUAAUGUACAUCCUCAUGAAUGUUAAUAUAACUGUAAGAAAAUUUACUUAUGGAUACAAAAUGUUAGAAAUGUUGUUCAAAGCUGAGCAAAAAAAAAAAAGAAAAGGACCCGUCGGGGAAUUGAACUAUUAAGUUGUAGACAGUCAAACCUGUAUUGCACUUUUUUCACAAUUUUCAAAAAA